AGAAAUCUCCUCAUUUCCUCUCUCUUACAAGCCUCAGCCUCAACCUUCCUAUACGUAUAAAUAUAUAUGUGUGUGUCUGUAUGUUCAUAAAUACCAUUUGUGCAUACAAACACACCGCUCAGAUCCUUACAUAUAUAUAAAUAUAUAUUUACGUACUCUCGCCCACGUUCAUCAUAUCACUUGUAACCAACUCCCAUUUCAGUAUUUGCCGUCUCUGAAUUCAAACUAGUUGUUUUACAACCCCAGAAUUCGAAGAUCCUUCCUUUACGCAUAGUUGUUGCAGGAAUAUUGAAGGAUGAUUGGGGAAUUCAUCACAAGAAGUUUGCUAUUGGUUUUUGGAUAUGGAUAUCCUGCCUUUCAGUGCUUCAAAACUGUAGAGAAGAACAGAGUAGACAUUCAAGAACUCAGAUUUUGGUGUCAAUAUUGGAUAAUUGUUGCAGUGAUUACAAUUCUUGAGAAGGUUGGAGAUGUAUUCAUCUCAUGGUUGCCAAUGUAUGGAGAGCUAAAACUGGCAUUGUUCAUCUACUUGUGGCACCCAAAAACAAUGGGAACAGGAUACAUAUACGAGGCACUGCUGCAGCCAUAUGUGUCGAGGCACGAGACAGACAUUGACAGAAGCUUAAUUGAAUUCAGAGAGAGGGCUUGGAAAUUAGCCAUUUACUACUGGCAAAACUGCACAGAGCUUGGCUCUACUAAAAUCCUACAGUUCUUCCAAUUUGCUGCUUCUCAAUCUGCUAAGAUCACAAAUCGUUCCACCAGCACCAAAUCCCGCGAGAUUCAACUCCCCGACGGAGCUCCGCCGCCGGCAAAAUCGUCUGGAUUCUUCUUCAGGAGAAACAAACCUGACAAACGGCGGCCGCCUCCGCCAGUUACGCCGUCGGCGCCGCCCUUGAAUUUGUACCGCAACGAAACGCCCAAGUCGGAGUCCAUUCAAGUCCAGCUGCAGAACCAAACGCAGUACAUUCGCCCUGAAGAUGUACUUAUUCCAGAUUCGGAUCCUGAUGCUGGGUCGGGCAGGAAGACGGGUUUGGAUCACGAUGUACAGGCAGCUAGGCUUAGACUUAGACGCUUCAUAGAUAAUGACUAGGGUUUUCAGUUUGAGAGAAACUUCAAACCUUACACAAGAUCAACCCCAGACCAGUUUGUAAAUUGGCCUUGUGCCACAAUUCGAAAUUUAUUCAUUUUUUUUUUUUU